AUGAUUUCCGGACUUGUCCUCAGGUGGAGGUGUCUGCACUUUCUUCUGCUGUUGCUUUCAUUAUGCUUCAAUAAUGCACAGUGCCACAAGAUUUUAAUUUAUAAUCCGAGAUUAGCCCACAGUCACGUUAAUUUCUUUGGACGAAUUGCGGAUAUUCUUGUGGAAGCUGGCCAUGACGUUGUAACUUAUGUAGUGGAAGGAGAUCCAGAUGUGAAAACCAAUGGCACAAAACUCUCGCGAAUAAUUUUGGGAGCCCACUUGCCAGUCACCAUUUCGAUGAAGGAUUUGACUAAAAAUAUCUGGAAUGAGGAAAUGGAAGAUUUGGUCAAUAUAUUUAAGGUGGCACUCUCUAUUUUCUGA